UUUUUUUUAUAUAUAUAAAGUUUUAUCUUGUGCGUAAGUAAGGGAAAUAGAGGUAACAGUAAAUUUAUCAAAAAAAAAAUGUCAUGGUAUUAUAUAUAACCUUGAGAGAUUCAAAUUUCUCAGUACCAAAUUCAACCAAACCAAAAUCCAAGAAGAAGAAGAAGAAGAAGAAUGAGUUUUCUAGCUGGAAGAGUAGCAGGAAAAGAAGGAGCUUUUUUCUUUGAAGAAUCCAAACAUGCCGUUACCCGUUUAGCCCAAAAGAUCAACAAAAAUCCAACUUCUUCCAAUUCCAAUUCUCUAAAUCAAGAAUCAUCUUCCCCUGAUGUUCUUCCUGAAAUUCUUCGACAUUCUUUACCUUCCAAGAUUUUUCAUUCUCCUUCCUCUGCAGAUUCCUCACUCUCUAAUACUUCCAAAUGGGUUCUCCCUACUGAUCCCAAUAGGACAAAUUCCGUAUCUCCAGAUGCUCUUAAUCCUCUCAGAGCUUAUGUUUCUCUUCCACAAGUCACCUUUGGACCUAAAAGGUGGCAGUUGCCAGAUACAGAAAACUCUGUACAAGCCUCAACGGCAAAUGACUUGCGUCGCGAUAAAUACACAACGAUUAAUCCUGAAAAACUUAAAGCUGCAGCUGUGGGGAUGUCUCAAAUUGCAAAGGCAUUUGCUAUUGCCACUGCUCUUGUCUUUGGUGGUUCCGCUUUGACGUUUGGCUUGGCAGCAUCCAAGCUAGAGUUGCACAAUCCUGAUGAUAUCCGGACGAAAGGGAAGGACAUGGUUCAGCGAAGAUUGGAAACAUUCAAAGAACAGCUGAAUCCUUUAAGGAUUUGGGCUGAAGAGAAGUCGAAAAAAUGGCAUUUGGACAAAAAAGAAGACAUUAAAGAGAAGCCUUUGAUAAAAGAGCUCUCUAAAAUAUUAGGUGCCAAGUCGUCAAACUAAAUAUAUGAUCUAUCAGCAGUUUGUAUUUUCCAUGUAUCCUGCAGUACUACAUUUUCUCUGUAAAUUGCUCUGUUUUCUACUUGUGAAGUUUUCUGGAUACACUUUUUUUUUUACAAUAAUAAGCACUGUUAUGAUUCA